AUGAAACGUGAUCUUUAUUGUAAGAUUGUGCAGGCGGUUGAGGAGCAUGACCCGUGGUUCCAGCAGAGGAGAAACGUUGCAGGCGAGCUGGGGUUGUCCUUCUUGCAAAAAGUUACUACGGCAUUCCAUAUGCUAGCAUACAACGCUCCUGCAGAUUCUUUGGAUGAGUGCCUCCGGCUAGGGGAGAGCACCAUCAUUGAGAGCAUGAGGCGGUUUGUUCGUGCUGUCAUCGAGGUGUUCGGCGAUGAGUACCUCCGUGCUCUGAAUGAGGAGGACAUUGCUCGCUUGCUUGCUAUCAACGAGCGAAGAGGGUUCCCCGAGAUGCUGGGAAGCAUUGACUGCAUGCAUUGGAGGUGGAAGAACUAUCCGACGACGUGGUCAGGUUCUCUGAACGACAUCAACGUGCUGCACCGUUCACAUCUCCUCGACAAUCUUGCCGCUGGCGAGGCACCCAAGGUACAAUACUCCAUUAAUGGACACCAUUACACCAUGGGGUACUACCUUGCAUACGAUAUCUAUCUGGAGUGGGCUACGUUCGUGAAGCCCAUACAAUCUUCAGUUGGGAAGAAGUGA